GGUCACGUGACUACCCGACGUUCCUUUUAAGUACAACCGCAGCACUUCAGACACAGCGGCGUCUUCGCUCGGAGGACACACAUCACCACCACCAUGAACAUUCUGUCCUCUUCAUUGUGCAUCUUUGCGACUCUUCUUUUGUUUGGGGUUGAAGAUGUUACUUCACACGGGUGCGGCGAUAUUCAUUCGCAGCUCUGUCUGACGACCAUGCGAAUGAACUUGGCUCUGGAAACCCGUUUCUGGUAUAACGUCAACUAUACCCUCACCUGUCCGAAGGGCAGCGAUACAGGCCCAUGGGAGUGUAUCAACAUGGACCCGUUACACACGUCCCUUAUAACGAGGAUGCGCAACUCCACCUCCAACGACACGUCGAUGAUCAGCAAGAUUCUCAACGUCACGUGGUACGUGGAUCGAGGGGCUUAUGAAGCCUGUUUCAACACAUACACACCAGGACUGGUGAACUGGACCAUCGACCCCUCACAUCCUACCCACCAGCCUCUUUGGUCUUUGCUCGAAAUGCCGUCGAUCACGUGGGAUGCUGACCCUGGAAUGAAUCACACGCUGAUCUUUUGGGACUCUGGCGCCCUGAUGCUGCGUGGACUUUACAUCAAUAUCGAGGGUCAGACUUAACGACAGGAGAGACUGUAUACAGCUACCGAGGUGCUGACAACCCGAGCCCCACAUUACUACAGCCUAAUUUGAUCGCCAUCUUCAAUCAGACCAAGAACUUGUCUCUCGACUAUGCUGUGCGAGAAGUGGAUUACUACUUUAAGACCCAGGUCGGGAACUUGGAUAGACUUCUGACGAAUUUCGCGCUGGAAGGUCCUGUUGGUGUCAGCCUUCUAUCAGUUAUGGGAGACCCAUACUCUGCCGAGCUCAUGAGAAAAAGGAGA